UAACCCAGAUGACAGAAUUGUAUAAAAGGAGAAUAAUUUCUUCAUUCUUCAGUUCAACUCUGUAGCUUGGCAGAUAAAGAACCAUGAAGUGUAUGAUUGCCCUCGUACUCCUUGGAGUUGCUGCCACUGAGGCUAGUUAUGGAUAUGGAGGAUAUGGCAGAAGUUAUGGAGGAUAUGGCAGAAGUUAUGGUGGAUAUGGAGGAUAUGGUGGAUAUGGACAUGGAUAUGGACAUGGGUAUGGCAAGAGGUCUGCUGACGCUGAGCCUGAACCAACAGCUGUAGCUGCUGCUGAACCCGAAGCUGAUGCCUCUUAUGGAUAUGGAGGAUAUGGCAGAAGUUAUGGAGGAUAUGGCAGAAGUUAUGGUGGAUAUGGAGGAUACGGCAGAAGCUAUGGAGGAUAUGGUGGAUAUGGACAUGGUUAUGGCAAGAGAUCUGCUGAUGCUGAGCCUGAAGCUGAUGCCUCUUAUGGAUAUGGAGGAUAUGGCAGAAGUUAUGGAGGAUAUGGAGGAUAUGGCAGAAGUUAUGGUGGAUAUGGCAGUUAUGGCCAUGGUUAUGGCAAGAGAUCUGCUGAUGCUGAGCCCUCUUAUGGAUAUGGUGGUUAUGGUGGAUACAGCAGAGGAUAUGGGUAUGGAGGUUAUGGUUAUGGUCAUGGCUAUGGAUAUCAUGGUUAACUCUAUAGUUUGUGAAAUUCCAAGAGUGCAGAGUUGAAUUGUCUAAAUUGAAAUAAAAAAGAAAUUAAUA